AUGGUUGUUUCUUUGAACACAUACCUGGGAUUUCUCUGUUUAUUAUUAUGCCAUUGGAUAAAGACAGCAUCACCUCUCAAUCUUGAAGACCCUAAUGUGUGUAGCCACUGGGAAAGCUACUCAGUAACUGUGCAAGAGUCGUACCCACAUCCCUUUGACCAAAUUUACUACACCAGCUGCACUGACAUUCUGAACUGGUUUAAGUGUACACGGCACAGAAUCAGUUAUCGGACAGCCUAUCGACAUGGGGAGAAAACUAUGUAUAGGCGCAAAUCACAGUGUUGUCCUGGAUUUUAUGAAAGCAGGGAAAUGUGUGUCCCCCACUGUGCAGAUAAAUGUGUCCAUGGUCGCUGCAUUGCUCCAAACACCUGUCAGUGUGAGCCUGGCUGGGGGGGCACCAACUGCUCCAGUGCCUGCGAUGGCGAUCACUGGGGGCCGCACUGCAGCAGCCGGUGCCAGUGCAAAAACAGGGCCCUGUGCAACCCCAUCACGGGGGCCUGCCACUGCACCGCGGGCUUCCGGGGCUGGCGCUGCGAGGAGCGCUGCGAGCAGGAGGAGCGCUGCGAGCAGGGCACCUACGGGAACGACUGUCACCAGAGAUGCCAGUGCCAGAACGGAGCCACCUGCGACCACGCCACAGGAGAGUGCCGCUGCCCGCCCGGGUACACCGGAGCCUUCUGUGAGGAUCUUUGUCCCCCUGGCAAGCAUGGUCCACAGUGUGAGCAGAGAUGCCCCUGCCAGAAUGGAGGAGUGUGUCAUCACGUCACUGGGGAAUGCUCCUGUCCUCCUGGCUGGCUGGGCACAGUGUGUGGUCAGCCUUGCCCCGAGGGUCGCUUUGGAAAGAACUGUUCACAAGAAUGUCAGUGCCAUAAUGGAGGGUCGUGUGAUGCCGCCACAGGCCAAUGUCAUUGCAGUCCAGGAUACACGGGGGAACGGUGCCAGGACCAGUGCCCUGUGGGCAGGUAUGGAGUGCGCUGUGCGGAGACCUGCCAGUGUGUCAACGGGGGGAAAUGCUACCACGUGAGCGGCUCCUGCCUCUGUGAAGCGGGCUUUUCUGGCGAACACUGCGAGGCGCGCCUGUGUCCUGACGGGCUCUACGGCAUCAGAUGUGACAAGCGCUGCCCCUGCCACCUGGACAACACUCAUAGCUGUCACCCCAUGUCUGGAGAGUGUGCCUGCAAGCCAGGCUGGUCAGGCCUCUACUGUAACGAGACAUGCUCUCCUGGAUUCUAUGGGGAAGCUUGCCAGCAGAUCUGCAGCUGCCAGAACGGGGCUGACUGUGACAGUGUGACUGGAAAGUGCACCUGUGCCCCGGGAUUCAAAGGAACUGACUGCUCUGCGCCGUGCCCUCCGGGAACCUACGGGGUCAACUGUUCCUCUCUCUGUGGCUGUAAGAACGAUGCUGUCUGCUCUCCUGUGGACGGCUCGUGUACUUGCAAGGCAGGCUGGCACGGGGUGGACUGCUCCAUCCGCUGUCCCAGUGGCACAUGGGGCUUUGGCUGUAACUUGACGUGCCAGUGCCUCAACGGCGGAGCCUGCAACACCCUGGAUGGGACGUGCACGUGCGCACCUGGAUGGCGCGGGUUGAAAUGUGAACUUCCCUGCCAGGACGGCACGUAUGGGCUGAACUGUGCAGAGCGCUGUGACUGCAGCCACGCAGACGGCUGCCACCCCACCACGGGCCACUGCCGCUGCCUCCCCGGAUGGUCAGGUGUCCACUGUGACAGCGUGUGUGCGGAGGGACGCUGGGGUCCCAACUGCUCCCUGCCCUGCUACUGUAAAAACGGGGCUUCGUGCUCCCCGGACGACGGCAUCUGCGAGUGCGCGCCAGGGUUCCGAGGCACCACUUGCCAGAGAAUCUGUUCCCCUGGUUUCUAUGGGCAUCGCUGUAGCCAGACGUGCCCGCAGUGUGUGCACAGCAGUGGGCCCUGCCACCACAUCACCGGCCUGUGUGACUGCUUGCCUGGCUUCACAGGAGCCCUCUGCAAUGAAGUGUGUCCCAGUGGCAGAUUUGGGAAAAACUGUGCAGGAAUUUGUACCUGCACCAACAAUGGGACCUGCAACCCCAUUGACAGAUCUUGUCAAUGUUACCCGGGAUGGAUCGGCAGUGACUGCUCUCAGCCUUGUCCACCCGCCCACUGGGGCCCGAACUGCAUCCACACGUGCAACUGCCACAAUGGGGCCUUCUGCAGCGCCUACGACGGGGAAUGCAAGUGCACUCCCGGCUGGACAGGGCUCUACUGCACGCAGCGCUGUCCCCUGGGGUUUUACGGGAAAGACUGUGCGCUGAUAUGCCGGUGCCAAAACGGAGCCGACUGCGACCACAUCUCCGGGCAGUGCACCUGCCGCACCGGGUUCAUGGGGAAGCACUGCGAGCAGAAGUGCCCUGCAGGAACAUAUGGCUACGGCUGUCGCCAGAUAUGUGACUGUCUGAACAACUCCACCUGCGACCACAUCACUGGGACCUGUUACUGCAGCCCAGGAUGGAAGGGGGCACGUUGUGAUCAAGCCGGUGUCAUAAUAGUGGGGAACCUGAACAGCUUAAGCAGAACCAGCACGGCUCUUCCCGCUGACUCCUACCAGAUCGGGGCCAUCGCCGGCAUCAUCAUCCUCGUCCUGGUCGUCCUCUUCCUCCUGGCCUUGUUCAUUAUCUACAGACACAAGCAGAAGGGAAAGGAGUCGAGCAUGCCAGCCGUGACCUACACCCCCGCUAUGAGGGUCAUGAACGGAGACUAUGCCAUUUCCGAAACCCUUCCUCACGGCAGCGGUGGAAAUGCUAACAGCCAUUACUUCACCAACCCCAGUUACCACACGCUCACGCAGUGUGCCGCAUCCCCUCGGGUCAACAACAGGGACAGGAUGACCAUCGCCAAGUCGAAAAACAAUCAGCUGUUUGUGAACCUGAAGAAUGUGAAUCCUGGGAAGAGAGGCCCGGUGGUGGACUGCACAGGCACACUGCCCGCGGACUGGAAGCACGGCGGCUACCUCAACGAGCUCGGUGCUUUUGGACUGGACAGAAGCUAUAUGGGAAAAUCCUUAAAAGACUUGGGAAAGAAUUCUGAAUAUAAUUCAAGUAACUGCUCCCUAAGCAGUUCUGAAAACCCAUAUGCCACUAUUAAAGACCCACCUGUACUUAUCCCCAAAAACUCGGAGUGUGGCUAUGUGGAGAUGAAGUCACCAGCACGGAGAGAUUCCCCAUAUGCAGAGAUCAAUAACUCAACUUCGGCCAACAAGAAUGUCUAUGAAGUUGAACCUACAGUGAGUGUUGUCCAAGGAAUAUUCAGCAAUAAUGGGCAUCUGACCCAGGAUCCAUACGACCUUCCAAAGAACAGUCACAUCCCUUGCCAUUAUGACCUGCUGCCAGUCCGAGACAGUUCACCCUCCCCCACGCGAGAGGACGGAGGCAGCAGCAGCAGCAGCAGCAGUGAAUGA